UUUUUAACAUUUAUUUAUCUAGAUAAGUACGUAGAUAUAAUUCUUUUUAUAGAAAUGAUAGUUUCAAUAAUAUCUUACAUAAGUAUACUUAAUUAUUUUCAUAAUAAGUUUGAAUGAAAUUUGUAUGUCAAAUUUAACUUUGUACUGGGAUAAAAAUAUUUAAAACAAACAAAAAUCUAAUAAAGAAGUGUUUGAAUUUCAUGUUUUACUUUUUACACUUUGUAUAAAUGAAAUUUUGCUAAACUCAUCUUUUCAGGAUAAUUUCUAGAUUCCAAUUAUUGCAAUAAAUUCACACACAAUCAUUUCUCUCUCAAAUAUAAAAUCAUUCACUCUCUUGAAUUCAAAUCUUUUGUUCAUCGUCAAACUCAUUAAAGGACUGAUUUCGUAUUAGUUUAGAUAGUGUUCUUGUCAGAGAAAGAAGAAAUUCGUAUUUAGCACGACGUGAUAAAUUAAAAAAAAGUUCCAAAGAUGACUACUCCUAAUACUGUUCAAAAGAAAUUUUCAUUCAUCGGAGUGAUUGAUGGAGUGAUCAACUUCAACACAAGUGUUUUGAAAAUUUUGAAUGGCUUACCAAUGAUUGUCUCUAGCUUUGUUCUUCUCAUCAUUAAUGAAUUCUUAUCGCUAUUUACUAACCGUUCUGCAACUGUUGGAGAUCAUCUGCUUAAUGGUGAGAAAGUUUUAAUCAUUGGAUCAGAUACAAUGCUUGGUCGAGCAUUUUCUAUAAUGUCAGUUAAAAUGGGUGGAACCGUCAUUUGUAUCGACAAAUCGAGGGAACAUAGCGAUCAUUUCAUUAAAUUAAUUAAUGAAGAAAAAAUGGAUACAAAAGCGUAUUUCUACGAGUGUGAUAGCAACAGAAAGGAUUCAAUAACUCAAACAAUCGAUGCUGUAACUAAGGACUUUGAUGCCAUUGAUAUAGUAGUAAAUUGCAUGACAAGCGAUGUCGUGCAAUCUUAUUUCAAUUUUUAUCAUGCUAUCUUCCCUAUCAUGAAGACAAAUAAUAAAGGUCAUCUUGUAUUUAUUCGUACUUUUGACUUCGCUACAAGAGCGGCUAUUAAAGGUUUAUUUGAAAAAAUGAAUCACGAUUUGAAAGAUCCGAAUGCUUGCAAUAUAAAGACGUCCUUGGUUCAUGUUUUCCCAAAAUUUGAUAAUGGUGAAAAUGUUCCAAAAGAAGGAAUUUUUGCAAACAUUCUACUCGAAGACCUUGCUUGUAAUGUCUUUAUAGGAGUUGCAAAAAAUAAGAAACAUAUUUAUGUCCCCGAUUCUAUGAACAUCUUUGGCUUCUUGAUGACAUUCAUACCAUCACCUUUGGUAGCAAUGUUUGAAAAUCUUUUCUUCAGUGAUUAAUUUGUUUAUAUAUGAUGUGCAAAGUUAAUUCUAUUGUCUGAGUUAUAAUAAAGAUUAAAGGAAAUGAGAAAAAUCA